AUGCCACAUCUCAAGCGUCGUGUAAGACACGAGUCGCGUCCCAGCAGCGUGGAGUUUACCCUUGCAGAAGACGAUCCCACAACGAUGAGUACCAUAUCGACGGCUAUCUUCUCAGAAAUUUCUGAAAGUGAAUCUCAUACCACUGCCAAUACUGCCGUUUCAUUCUACUCGAGCGAUGAGUAUGACAGCGAUGACGGUGAUGACGAGUACGAUGAGUAUGACAGCAAUGACCGUGAUGACGAGUACGAUGAAAAUGACAGUGUCCCUGAUGAUACUUCUGACUACUCCGAAGGUAGCCAUGAUGAUAAUGAAAACGUGAAUUCUACCGAUAGCCAGAAUGUUACUGGAUAUGAUACUUUCGACAUUUCAACUAGAGAGCCAGGCUCUGAGCAAAGCAGCACCAUCGUAGAAGCAAAUGCUUCCGCUGAGAAGACAGAGCCCACUAGCCAUAGGCAUACCUUUACUCAGACAGCAUCGGGGGAUUUUUCUACUAAGGAUGAGGUUGCGCAUUUUCCAAAAAACCAUUCGAGUGACAGCUGCGUUCACGGAGGAUCGACUUUACCCGAAUUGGACAUGUCAUCUGGACAUGUGACAGGAGUGACGGCGGAAGUGACAGUAUUAAUCCGCGAUAAAAAAUCUUAUUACAACAUUAAGCUCCGGAAAGAGGAUUACCCAGAACUAGAUAUUCAACAACGCACAUAUAUUAAGAGAUUCUACCUCACAAUGCUUCUACAAACUUUGUUGAGCAUGCUUCCACAAACAACAGUCAUUGAUAAGUUCCCAGGAGCCAAUAGCUUCAAAAAGAGUUCGCCGCGAAGAGCCCAAGGACAAGGUUCAAGCGCCGAUUCAUCCGCAAAUAGGAUCUCAACCCGCUUAGCUAGCAAACUACGACGCGGCUUGGGCCAUCAAGCCGAAGCCGAAGCUUGGACGAUGAUUCCAGUAGCUUUACACGCUUCCCUGUCUACGAACCAAAUGAAUCAAAGGACUUCAAAAAAGCUCAACAAGACCUUAAUUGGGAAAUAUGAAAAGCAGGCCUUGGCUCAGAACACCAACGGGGAAAUCGUGUGCUACAAGCUACGCUGGAUGGUGAGAGGUUUUGAACAGAUAGAAGGACUUGAUUGCUCCAAAACAUUUGCUUCGGUGGUAGAGCCAAUGAGCUAUAAGGCGCGAUUCGCUAUUACAACAGCUAAGGGCCUUGAAAUUGAAUAA